UCUAUCGAAAGCUAUUGACGCUGCCGCGAUUCUCGAUAUAUCGAAGCGGCAGGAGCGGCGCCUGCGCGAAUGAAUUCCCGCGAUUUGUUGACCCCUCGCCGAGAAUUGUCGUCUGCUGGUCUGCUAAGAAUUGGCGGGCAACCGGGUCGGGCGUUGACGCUUCCGUCGUGUAAAUAAUUGUACAUAACAGCGUGUCGCGCACAAAAAUUGUUGAAUAAGCGAAAAUUGUUUCUCGAAGGCGUUUUACGCGCAAGCGAUUCUGUGAUGAAACGACAUUUUUGUUGAAUUGUUAAUAUCGUGCAAAAAGUACAAAAGUGACGUGUAAGAACUCAAAACAUGGAGCAUGAAGACAGUGAUUCUGAUUUAGACAUCCUGAAUAAUCUCAUAUCAAAUGACACCGAAGAGACUGAACAAUCUAAGCAGCUUGGAGAACCUAAAUCGCCUGAACAUGCCAAGCUAUCGGAACCGAGAAAGACUCUGACAGAAUUGCAGUUCAACUUCUUAGAUUCUACGCCUAGUAACGUAAAUACCGAGAGUAAACCAACCGAUGAAAAAGUCAUCAGUGAGGUUUAUGACGACAAGCUUGAUUCUUCUGACGAUGAAGACAGGCGUUAUUUUGAGGAGCAAAAGUAUACCAAUUAUGGACGGGAGAUAAAACAAUUGUUAAAAGAACAGUCUUCGUUGAAGACUGAGCAGCCUGUAAAAUUACAGAGUGAGAGGACUGUUAAUUUUAAUAAUAAGAAGAGCAAGACAUUUGAUUUCAAUAAUGCUAUCAAAGGUAAUAAUAAUAGUGCAGCAAAAGACGUUUACAGUGAUCCCUUCUUUGGAAUAAGAAUAAUUAGUCCCCUUAUAUCCUCUGCGGAAUUGAGAGAACGUAUGAAAGACAAGAUAGCUGUAACAGUAGCGAGAGUAAGGAGCCACAUUAUUUCUGACAAUGUACAUAACGACUGGGUAAUUGCCGGUGUAUUAAUCAACAAAUCAGCCACGAAAACCUCGCAGAAGGGAACUUCCUACUGCAUCUGGAAAAUAAGCGAUCUGUCCGACGACCUAAAGACUGUGUCUAUUUUUUUAUUCAGUAAUGCCUACAAACAAUUAUGGAAAACCAUUACUGGCAAUGUGAUAGGUAUUCUCAAUCCAAACGUGCUCGAGAGCAAGGACAACAUCGAUCAAGCGACGCUGUCGAUCGACAAUCCUCAGAAGCUAAUGAUUCUCGGCAAGUCCAAGGACAUGGGCAAAUGCAAGUCGAUCAAGAAGAACGGGGAUCCAUGCACCGCAAUCGUAAAUACAAGUCGAUGCGAGUACUGCAUCUAUCACGUUAAACAGGAAUACAAGAAGUGUGCGCGACGAGCAGACAUACUGUCGAGCAAUACCAGCUACGGAUUCACCGGAGACGCGAUAAAACGCAUGAAUAGGCAGACCGUUACGCGAAAACCUUACAGCGGAUUGGCGUCGUUCGUACCGGUACUGGCCAAGCGCAACGAAGAGCUGUACGAGAAAGACCGUGCGCGUUUGGAAUUAUUGUCUGAGACCACUUCGGAUGACAGUAUUAAAAAAGCAAGAAGUGAUUCAAACUCUGAGACGAACAAUGUGGAUAUUAAGAAGAAAGCGAUAGCUGUCGAGCUGACAAAUAAACAAUCGAGAAAAGAUUUCGAACGACUCAACAAACUAAGGAACUGGCAGCCCUCAAAGCAGUUAAUGGUACAAUCGACGCCUAAUGGGCCAAUUUUGUGUUCCAGUCCAGUGCAAUUGAAGGAAAGCAAUCCUACGCCAGUCAAACCUGGGAGCAAUCACACAGAUAAGAUCGGUUUGACUUCUCUAGCUUCACGCCCGCGACUAGGAACGGGAUGUAAUCGGGAUACAAUAGAUUUCUCUGAACCGAUCACCAAGCAACAGAUCCGCAGCGCCAAGAUGAACGCAAUCAAGUGGGUGCAAGAGCACGGAAAGAUCAAAGCGAAGAACCCUAAUCAGGUCCGCGCGAGCACGGAAGAGAAACUGGAGAAGAACGCGAAGCGUCAAAGGGAAAGUGACGAAAAGGAAGAGCGGAGCGCGAAAAAAGCGAACAUAAACGACAAAUUCAAAGAGAUGCUAGAAGCCAAGUCCUCGCACACGGACCUGAUCGAGAAGUCGUACGACGAAGAGAAGGAGAAGUACUUUAACAAGCUGGAGGCAAAGGAGAGAAUGGAGGAGAAGAUGAUGAACACUUUCAAAGUCAAUUGCAAAGCUGUAAAGUGUGCAAUAUGCAAGUACACGGCAUUCUCAGCGUCGGACAUGUGCAAGGAGCAAAGACAUCCGUUGCGCGUGAUCGACGCUGUUAAGAGAUUCUUCAAGUGUGCUGAUUGUGGCAACCGGACUGUCAGCCUGAACCGUAUGCCGUCGCACACCUGUGGCAAGUGCAGCAGCUCGAAUUGGGUCAGGGCGGCAAUGAUGGACGAGAGGAAGACUGCUAUCGCCGCAGAGACCCUGUCCAUACGCGGCGCCGAGGAGAAGUUCGUGGGUUCGGUGCUGAAAGAUGCCAAUCUCAACCUUCUCGUUCCGGAUGAAGAUUAAUAUGUCAAUCUGAUUGCUCACAAUAUAUUUUGGAAAUGAGUAUUAUAAAUAUUUAUGGAAGAUAGAAAUGAAAAGAUUUGAUAAGAAUACAAAUUGGUUGUAACCAAUAACAUGUGUCUUGUAUGCAGUAUGAAAUAUUUUUGUAUAUAAAAUAAACGUAGGUAAUAUGUGCUGAAAUGUGCUAUGAUACUGUUAUCCGUAUAUCAAUUUAAUAAGUAUUAUUUUUAAUAUGUGAUAAAGUUAGAAAUUCAAGGAUUAGUAGAACUUGCCGUCUAAAUUAAUUUCUGAACUCUUAAUCAUCGACUAAAAUAAAGAGACGUGAAUUUUACUAACCGUGACUGAUACUUACUCCUAUAUUUUACCUAUAUCUUAGAAUCUACAAAUGCAGAACAUUUGAUAUCUUUUUGUUUAUUGUCAGUAUUAUCAGUUUUCUUUUCUUCUUUUUUUUUUCAUCUUAUGAAAUGUACAAAUAUAAGGAAAUCCUAAGAGUGUACCUCUUGCACAUUUCCGAAAUGAAAUACAUCGAAUUCCCUCCGUCCGAAAUGUACACAGCGAGCAGAAACGUUUUGAUACAGCCAGGUACAACAAUCGUAUAAAAAACACUAUGUCGUCUCGACUACGUUCUUCGCUAAAUUACGUUCGUUUGAGAUUUACGUUUAGGCUGAGGUGAGUCAUCACGGUCUUCCUGUUUGAUAGAACCUUUUUGUACCUUUCUCUCUCGUAACGAGAAAGCACUCUUCCUUCCUUUCUUAUAAGCGGGAUAUGAACUGUCUAAAUAAAGGUGGACAUCAAUAAGUUUCUAAAUAUGAAGAACUGUGAUUGGGGUCCGGAAGCAUUGCGUUGACACAAAUCACCAUAAGUCGCGCACAAAUGCCCGUUAUUU